CCGUUUGAAGGGCCCCGGGGCUUACAACUAAUAACUCUUUUUUCGCAGUACAUUAAAGUUCACAAAUUACGCUGAUAUACAUUGUAGUAUUGUUAUCGAAUUCAGCAUGAGAAUUUCUUGUAUUAAUUUCAAUUAAUUUUUUUAGCUAUUAAAAGAAAACGCAGAUCUUGCCAUAAUGACUUCUCUUCGCUCAAGGAAACUUGCUGUUAUGGGAUUUCGUUCUGUUGGGAAAUCUUCAUUAUCAAUUCAAUUUGUGGAAGGUCAAUUUGUCGACUCUUAUGAUCCAACCAUAGAAAAUACUUUUCACACAAAAAUCAAACACAAGGGUCAAGACUAUACAAUUGAUCUCGUUGACACAGCUGGUCAAGAUGAAUACUCAAUUAUGCCACAAUCAUAUUGUGUAGACAAUCACGGAUACAUAUUAGUGUACUCUGUAACAUCUAGAAAAAGUUUUGAUGUUGUAAUGGAUAUAAGAGAGAGAUUACUAGAUCUAACAGGACAACAAACGUUACCAAUUUUGUUAGUUGGAAACAAGACUGAUUUGCACAUGGAAAGGGUGGUAUCUUCAGAAGAAGGAAGUAUUUUAGCAAAAAAGUGGAAAGCUGGGUUUUUAGAAUCGUCAGCUAAAGAAAAUAAAACUGUGCAACUCGUGUUUCACACUAUAAUAGAUGAAAUAGAGAAAUUACAAAAUGGAGCUACCCCUAGUAAAGGAAGCUGCAUAAUUUCAUGAGAAUUCUCUGAAAAUUACUUUUAAGCUUAUUUCUAUGUAUAAAUACAAGGAGAACAUAACUUAUUAAGGAUAUUGUUCAAAAUUCUUUUUUUCUUUUUUCUUCUUUUUUUGUUUGUUUUUUGUAUAUAAAUUUAUCAAUUCUUAUUCGAUAAGUUACUUUUUACUUAAAUAUUGUAAGAUAAAAUUUUUUGAGUAGUGUUUAUAAAUUUAAAGUGUUAAAGAAAAAAUAUUUUGGAAAAAAAAACUUAUGGGUUUUGUAUACAAGUAUGAAAUCUUAUGUGUAUUGGUGUAAUUGAAUGCUGUGUAUUUAUUUACUGUGUAUUUGAGUGAGUGUUUAUAUUUCCUUUUUUUGUUGUUGAAGUUUAAACUUUUUUUUUUUUUAAAUUUUCUGAAUAUAUUAUUUAUAUUGAAAAAAAUAAUAAUAAAA